AUGGAAGGUGUCAAGGGUAAGUCUGCUAUGUUAAUGACAAAAGGUAUCAUGGAAAUGCGACAGAAUCCACCAGGGCUUGUUUGCAUUAUCCGAAGGUACAAACAUCCUGAAACCAAUAAGGAGGUAACACUGUACCCAAUUCCUAACCUGGCCGUUCCAAGUUAUUUUAGGCGUGUACUGGAUGGUGAUAACCUGGCACAAAACUUUGAUAGGGUUCUUUGUGAAGAUGGAAGAUUGCCAUUUCAGUCAGGCUCACGUUUGGCUAAACAGCAGCACCUAUUGAAGCGUGUAUUUCCCUUUUUGGGACUUCGACCAGUGGCAACGGAUGGAAGUAAGUUUGAUGGUAUUAUUCAGCGUGAUCCGGUGGAAUCCCGCAUGGCGUAUCAAAUGGUUUUGGAUGGUGCAGACCCGCCAGUAGAUCCGAGAGCUCGACGUGCAAUAGAACGUAUUGACACUUAUCCAGAUGGAACUCGAGCAGUGUGUCCAUGGGGUGUGUAUCAUGUUGUGUAUAUGAACUACAAACUACGUCAAUUGGGGUAUAUUGUUGAGAAUGAGGAGUCAGUGGAGGUUGUGGGUUAUAAAGAAGCUGCACUGGUUUUCGCUUUUAUGAUGGUGAUGACAUUCUGGAUGACAUAUGCUCUAUUCAUGUUAUUGUUCUGGUAG